UCAGCCAUUGCAAUAUACCUUCCUUCAUCCAAACAAGACAACUGUUAAACAAGAACCAGAAUCCUAUUUACCACCAGGGAUUCCACGAGUAAACUCAAAUGUCAAAGUGGAAAAAGGAUGAAGGAAAGAAAACAUCUCUUCUAACACUAAUUAUCCAGGUCUUGUCGGCCAGUGCGUAGCAUAAUUAGUUGCACAUCCUGACCGAUCAUCCAGGGAAUAGCCUCAGCUAUAAGAUCAACACCUUUCUGAUGGGCCUAUAUCGCAAAAGGCAUCAUAGGAGAGUCACCACAACCUUUUGAACUUCAAGUUGACACUGGUAGCGAGCUCAUUUGGGUCCAAUGUGACGUGCCUUGCGAGAAUUGCACCAUGUCCCAGGAACGUUCGUACAAGCCACCAAAAGAUAGUAUUAUACAUUGUGAAGAUCCCUUAUGUGUGGCUUUCCUAGGAAAUGAACAAGAUUGUCCAACAACAAGAAGUCGAUGUGAGUAUGUUUAUCGUUACGCAGACGACAGUUUCGCUCAUGGCUAUCUGGUUAGAGACGUAUGGUCUAUACAGCUUAGAGGUGAUUCAGUCAUUUAUCCUCAUUUGGUCUUUGGGUGUGGAUACAAACAAGGAGGAGUCUUUAAAGGGGAUGGAAUACUUGGUCUAAACAAGGGUCCAAUUAGCUUCUUAUCUCAAAUGCAUUCACAUGGUGUCAUACAACAAGUGAUUGGCCACUGUUUAAGUAGUGAAGAAGGUGGGUUUCUGUUCUUAGGAGAUGGUCUUGUCCCUCCUACAGGACUCUCUUGGACACCGAUGAUCAAGAGUUCUGAAAAGGACUACUUAUUGGGACCUGCGAACCUCCUGUUUGGCGGAAGUUGGACUCAAAUGAGGGGACUUGAAUUCAGUUUCGACAGUGGAUGUGCCUUAUCCUCCUUAAACCAACGAGACUACCACCAGACAAUUGAUGUGGUCAAGAUCAAAAACAAUCUUUCCUUCAAUUUUGAUCUUGAAACCCAUUUGAGAUUUACUUAUAUUCAUCUUUUAGAUUCGCCGAGCUCUGAAAGGAACUCCAUUGACGCGAACACAACCAGAGGACGACCUUCCAAUAUGCUGGAGACACAGAGAAAAACCUAUUAAUUCCUUCGAUGAUGUUGAAGACUACUUCAA